AUGCCGAACAAGACCAUCAAGGUCUGCGUGCGGACGCGGCCGACGGCGACCUUCGCCGCGGAGCAGAUCGUCAUCGACGGCGACAAGAACUCCAUCGUCAUCAACAAGAAGCAGACGGCGGAGGAGGCGGCGUCGACGCUGAACAACGCCCAGACGAACUUCAAGUUCCAGUUCCACCACGUGCUCCACAACGCGUCCCAGGACACGGUCUACGAGACUUUGGCGCGCGACGUCGUGCAGGACGUCGUCGACGGCAUCAACGGCACGAUCAUGACCUACGGCCAGACGGGCAGCGGCAAGACCUUCACCAUGCUCGGGGACAUGAACAACUACAUGCACCGGGGCAUCGCGCCGCGCUGCAUCGCCCACGUCUUCGCGGAGGUCGGCGCGCGCAUCGAGACGGCGUAUCGCAUCUCGUGCACGUACAUGGAGAUCUACAACGAGCGCAUCUUCGACCUCUUGAAGGCGCUGAGCGACGAGGACGCGCGGGCGGAGUACACCAUCGCCGAGGAGCGGGGCGGGCGGGGUGUUUUUGUCCGGGGCCUGACGGAGGUCGAGGUGUCGUCCGAGGCCGAGGCGCUGAAUUUGCUCUACUCGGGCCAGCUCGCGCGGACGACGGCGCAGCACAAGCUCAACCGCACGUCGAACCGCUCCCACUCCAUCUUCACGAUCGUCAUCCAGCAGCAGUCGCGGUCCGGCGUGUCCGAGCGCGUCGUCACGUCGAAGCUGAAUCUCGUGGACCUCGCCGGGUCCGAGCGGCUCAAGAAGACGAUGGAGUCGAGCGACGGCGCGUCCGUGCCCAUCGACGCGACGUUGAAGAAGGAGUCCAUGUACAUCAACCAGUCCCUGACGUACCUGGAGCAGUGCGUCGUCGCCCUCGGGCGCCGGGGCGGGGGCCACGUCGCGUACCGGCAGACGAAGCUGACGUCCGUGCUGAAGGACGCGUUGGGAGGCAACUGCGCGACGCUCCUGUUCGCCUGCAUGUGGGGCGAGGCGGCCCACUUGGAGGAGACGGUGUCGACGCUACGUCUCGCGAGCCGCAUGAUGCGCGUGCAGAACUCCGCGCACGCCGUCGAGCAGGCGGACCCCGCGAAAUUGGCCAAAAGGCAGGAGCUCACGAUCCGCGAAUUGCGCCAGGAGCUCCUCAUG